UUCCACCACGAGGGAAAAAAAUCGGGAAGAACCACGUGUCUUAUUUAAUUUCCUCUUUUUUCGGUAAAUUAUCCGCAAUGGCCAAAGGAAAACUUCUCUUACCGAAGAAAUUAGUCUCUAAAAUAAGGCCGGGUUCCCGCUGCACACAGCUCGAGAAAUUGCGUCUGAUGUUGCCCUGUUCACCCAUCCUGUUGCAUUCCAAGCAGGCCAAGACGCUUGUAACAGCCAACCUUUAUCUUCGCUGGCUCGACGGAGGCGUCAAAAUCCUCCCCCAGGCACCAAGGACCACAGAUGUACGCAACUCCAUUGGCUGUCAUGCGCGGGGAAAGAACAUCUGUGUUCACAGCGUCAGGUGUGGCUCCGAGAACAGCGCUUUCACGGGAAACGACGCACCGCUCCGGUCAACAGUCAACGGCGCUAAGGUGAAGGGUGUUUCCUCUUAUAUGUGUUUAUGUAAUUUAUGUGACAUACAGGAUGCCUGCCCCUCGCCGUUCUCCCCGACGAGGAGAACAGACCCGGCAGACCUCCGUAAGAUCCGCAUUCGGCGAAUCGUCUCCUGCGGCCCCGAGGACCGUCGGCCAGGGAACGGGGCCGAGUCGCGUCCGCUCCUGCUUCCGCCGAGCAGGUCGAGGCGGGAAGCGAAGAAGAGUUCCUUCGCCAAGGUCGACGGCUUCUUCCUGCACGUGAGCGCCUCGCCACCCCGCAGCCUGCAGUCUCAGAGGGGCCCUGCUACCCACGCCCCCUGGCCGCAGUUUAAGAUCGACCUCGAGAACUCUCCGUUGCGACGUUUGCUAGACGCGCAUGAGGACGCCUCCCUCUGCAGACGGGGCGGAUGCCUCGACCUCGCACCGCGCCCCGGCGAAGCUAGCGCCCCUCCCUCGCCUCGCGCGUGCCUCCUACUCUCGCCCUGGAACACCCAUCGCUUCGUGCCGCAGAGCCCCUCGCAAUUCAUCUACCAGGCUGAGUCCUUCCUCGAUUGCAGUGCUGGGUUGGAGUGCUCUCCUUCGCCUCCCGGGCAUUGCAAGAAACUUUGCUGAUGGCUGAUCGCAAUGAAAAAAUCAGCAGAAAAGGAAAAUAUAGUUAAUGAAAGGAUAGUGGUAACUUUUUCCGAGGCACUUUCAUGCUAACACUAGUUUUUACAUCUGACAGCGAUAUCUUUGAACAGGAAAGGAAUCUUUAUGUUAUUUCAUUUUGUUCACCCUUUUCUUCAUAAUAUCCUCCUCACACAAAAAUAUGUUGACGUGUACCUGUAGUAUGGGUGAUCUAUACCAUCAGGUGGCAUUGACAAAGUAAAUUUUAACCGAUAUAGGUA